AUGGGAACCUUAGCGCGAGUGUUGUUCAUUCCUGUAAUAUGUGCCGUUAUGGGGUAUUAUUUAUAUACACCAUUACCAGAUGGAUUGAGACAAAAGUCUAGAAUCCAAUUAUUCUAUGCAAAACACAAAAUCUCAAGUUUACUGAUAUCAAUGGGUGUAAAACUGGGGUUUGGUUCUGGUAUAGAGUUGGCAAGACGAUACCAACAUUAUACAAUGGUAUCUCCUUUAAAUGAUGAAAAUAUCACUGUGACGAAUACAACGUUCAGUGGUAUACCAGUGAUGAUCUUCACACCAAAUACAGUAUCCAGUAAAUCACCGGCUAUAGUUUAUUUUCAUGGUGGAGGCUGGAUGUUUUUAUCGUCAGGUACAAAAUCUCAUUUCACGAACAAUUUGUACCGCAAGAGCCAGAUUAAUGUGUUAAACACGUAUAGCCCUUAUAUUAUUACUUCUUUCAGCUAUAGAUUAAGUCCAGAGCACCCAUUUCCGGCAGCGUUCGAUGAUUGUGUUACUGCAACAGUUCAUGUUUUACAAAAUGGACACAAAUUUGGCGUUGAUAGUGACAAUGUGGGUGUAGCUGGUGACAGUGCAGGAGGGAACCUAGCAGCAGCAGUAGCUCUCAGACUUUCAGACGAGAAGGAAUCUAGACUUCCUAAAUUGCGGUUCCAGAUAAUAAUAUAUUCCGUACUCCAAGCUUGGGAUUUUAAACUACCCAGCUAUACCCAUAAUGAGAUAACGUUAUUUCCUAGUUCAGUUAUGAUCAAAUUUAUUUUACCUUAUCUUGGUGAAGUGGCAACUGAUGAAAAUAUCGCUGUGUGUUUAUCAAAUAAUCAUCUCACACCAGCUUUAAAAAAAUCUAAAUUUACCAAAUUUGUGGAUCAAAGUCUGCUUCCUCCUCAGUUUAGAAGAACUCCACCAAAAAUUGAUGAUGUUCUAAAUACAACACUAGCAAAAAGAUUAGAAACGUUGAUAAUAAAUCCCUAUGCAUUUCCCUUAAUGGCUAAAGAUCUGUCUCGACUUCCGCCAGCCUUUGUGUUAACUUGUCAACAUGAUUUAACCCGAGAUGAUGCUUUAAUGUAUGUAGAACGAUUACGUAAAGCAGGAAUUGAUGUACAGCAUAAACAUGUUACUGAUGCAGUGCAUGAUUUCUUUCUCAGGGCACCUAAUAAUGACUUUACAUAUGAUGUACAUUUAGAAACUUUAUCGGAUUUGAAAGUUUAUGCAAAUAAAUAUUAUAAAUGA